GAAACGACAUGCAGCUGAACACAGAAGCACAUAAUUUAGAGAUUUAAUAUGGUAAGUAAUCCUCUUUGCUCUCUUAGAGGAGCUGAUUGACAGGUGUGGUUGUAUGACACUGACGCGAAAAUGCACAAGCUGAUGUCAAACUUCAAAGCUCUACAAAGCUGAAAGCUGACUGAGAACUCGGACGUCCAGUUGUAACGCGUUUUAGUGUUGCGUCAUCGGUGAGUGUGUGAUUACAGAGUUAUUAAAGGAACAAAGCUGCUAGAAGUGGGAGCGAACACUGAAGGAGAAACCUUUUAAGUGCUGUUUACCGAGUAUGUCUCUCAGGGAUCCCCCGUAUGAGCCUCCCUCCGUCUCCGAGCUGCAGGCGUUCUUGCUGGCAGACAGACGACCAACUGGUCACGUCAAUCAAGUCUGGCCAAAUGUUUACAUAGGCAACCAGGUGGCUGCUCGCGACAAAGGGGCUCUCCACAGCCUGGGCAUUACGCACGUUGUGAACGCAGCUCACGGUCCCCCGAACCCCAGCGACGCUCCCUGCUUUCAUGUCAGCACGGGGCCACGCUUCUACAGAGACAUGGCCGUGGAUUACUACGGAGUGGAGGCCGAUGACGCCACAGAUUUCAUCCUCAGCCCUUACUUCUAUCCAACAGCGCGAUACAUCAGAGCCGCACUGGCCAUGGGAGGCAAGUCAGCGCGCUGGAAGCUGCACAGAAGGGUGUUUGUACACUGUCUGAUGGGUGUGAGCCGCUCUGCGACCCUAGUGUUGGCCUUCCUGAUGAUUGCUGAGGGCCUCCGGCUGCAGGAGGCCGUGGCUGCUGUGAGGCAGCACAGAGACAUCUGCCCCAACCCGGGCUUCCUGAUGCAGCUGCGUGGCCUCGACAUCAGCCUGGAGCGGGAGAGGAGAAGAAAAAGACAGGCUCAGGCUUUGUAAAGUCGCACUCAAACACAAAUCAAGAAAUCAUUACGAACAACCCAAUGCGGCACCAAGAAAGACACACAUCUGUAUCGCUCCAGAGGUCAUUUAGCCGUGCAAGGAGAAAGCCCAUCUCUGACAGAAGUGAGGGAAAUUCUCUGGACCAACAGGAAGCCCGUGGGGUCUGUCGACCAAGUGUGGCCAAAACUCUACGUAGGAGACGAGUCUGUUGCUCGAGAUAAAGCCAGACUGUCCUCUCUGGGUGUGACUCAUGUGCUGAAUGCCGCCGCGGGCCAACACCGGAUCAACACUGGUCCGAGAUUUUACACCGACACUGAAGUGGUGUACCACGGUGUCGAAGCUCCAGACCAUCCGGAGUUUGACCUCCGGCCUUUUUUCAGCUCUGCUGCACAGUUCAUAGACAGCGGUCUGAAGGAAAACG